AUGUGGUCCUGGUUCGGCGGAGCGGCCGCUCAGAAGCGGAAAGAUGCGCCCAAGGAGGCGAUCCUGAUGCUCCGCGAGCAGCUGGACAUGCUCCAGAAGCGCGAGAAGUAUCUCGAAAGCCAGAUGGACGAGCAGGAUGCGAUUGCGAGGAAGAACGUGACGACGAAUAAGACCGCGGCCAAAAACGCCCUGCGACGGAAGAAGAACCACGAGAAGAACCUCGAGCAGACGACCGCGCAGAUCGUACAGCUCGAACAGCAGAUCUACUCGAUCGAGGCGGCGAACAUCAACCAGGAGACUCUCAAUGCCAUGAAGGCGGCCGGUGCGGCGAUGACGCAGAUCCAUGGCUCGAUGACCAUCGACAAGGUGGAUGAGACGAUGUACGUGGACAAACUCCGCGAACAGCACCAACUCAGCGAGGAGAUCGCCCAGGCCAUCACAAGCAGCUCCAUCACCGAACAACCGGACGAGGCCGAUCUGGAGGCUGAGCUCGAGGGUCUGGAGCAGGAGGCGAUGGACGAGCGGAUGCUCAAGACCGGCACCGUGCCCGUGGCAGACCAGCUCAACCGGUUACCCGCCGCGGCCAACGGAGAACGUGAGUUCACUACUCCUCUACCUUCCCAGCAAGCUCAAUCUCUGAAACGUAAACAACUAAACCUCAAACCUCUAAAGACGACGAGGAAGCAGAGCUGGAAAAGCUUCGCGCCGAGAUGGCCAUGGGAUAAGUGGGGAUCGGGGGGCGCUGUGCACCCCCUCCUUCUUUGCUUUAUUCUGUAA